GUAAGACAAUGAAACUAAGCAAAGCCGAAAGGCAGCGUACAUGGGAGCGGGCUACCGUCUGAGAUCGCAGUCGACUCCAGCAACCCCGAAAACAACAUGGAUAAAUGGCCACCUACGUGGGAAUGGUGAUGUAGUUAGAAGAAUGCCACCUCUGCGCGUCUGUCGUUUACUCUUACUUUUCCUUUUGUUUGAUAUCGCCUGGAUAGCGCUUGCAAAAUCCAUUCCAGAUCGGGGUACACUUGAGGUACUGCUCAGAGUUCAAGUGUUUGACAACAGUGACCUUUCACCCCUGGCGGACGCCACUGUAGAAAUCUAUGGGAACCAGUCUAUCUUGGCGUCAAGCAAGGCAGUCAGCGAUGGGAUAGUCGUGGUGAAGUUUCAGUACCACCCAGGGACAUGGGUGAUCGUCGCGGCAUCCAAGACGGGUUAUGUGACGAACUCUGCCCCCUGGCACGCCAACCGUAUCCCCUUGUAUGCAUCAGUGAGCCUCUACCUCCUUCCCCAGAGACCGGCUACCCUCAUCCUUUAUGAUGAUGUGGUUCAGGUUCUGUCGGGAUCCCCAGGUGGCAGGAACCAACCAUGGAUCCAGUUGCAGAGUAAGGCGGUCCACCUGCCCCCCGACACCUCCUACACAGACGUGUGGGCGGUGCUGACCGCUGCCAGGAGCCAGUAUGAGAUCGGGGGUUUUCCAUACAUGCUGGGCCGUGAGACUAACCACACAGGGGGGAAUAGCAGCUGGCUGGAGCUGACAGCGGUGGCAGCGGUCAGUGCCCACCUUUAUGCCCGCAAUGGGAGUGCCGUGCAGGUGUCGGAGCCCAUCCAUGUCUCCAUCCCCCUGCCCCCUGACAGCCCAGUGAAGGUGGACACCAGCAUCCCUGUCUGGCAGUUUGAAGGCGCCACAGGGCUCUGGGUCAGGAACGGAACAGGCUACAUUAAAAGAGAGGGCCUGCAGCUCAUCUGGAGUUUCGUUGCUUCACAUCUGGGGCUCUGGGUGGCAGCAAUCCCUUCAGCUACAGGCAUGGGUUUCAGCUCCACAGGCCUGCGAGACAUGACCACCUACCAUACCAUCUUUCUGCUUGCUAUCCUGGGCUCCAUGGCCUUGCUAGUGCUCGUCCUACUGUGUCUGCUUCUCUACUACUGCAGGAGGAGAUGUCUGAAACCACGACAACAACGUCGCAAGAAGCAUGUUUCCGCCACACUAGACAGCUCCAAGCGAGACCAGGGAACCUCAAUGUCUCGCCUUAACCUCAUCUGUGGCGGCCACAUUGAAACGGCCUCUUCCAAAGGUGACAGGGACGACCUCAAAUCCGAAUUCACCUCCUCUCAGGACUUCCAGAGCUCACGUGAAGAGUUCUUCCAACAUGUCCCUGCCCACAAAUUGCACCACUCAAAGAUCAACAACGACGGAGGCCCCCGGCGUGGUGAAAGCUUCCAGAUGGUGACCCGCUCUACGGAAGCCAGCAACCUGGACCACCCUCUGCUGCAUAGUGACUACACCAGGAGCUGCAGUUCGAUGGAGGACAAGGGGAUUGAUGGCCUACGGCGCCACAACGCCAAUGACAACAAGGGCUACUCUUCUGAUCCCCCAUCCCCUCCUCCUUUUGUUAGUCACAAGCCAGAAGGCAAGCCCCCAGAGUACUCAGCGUCCCAGGUAGCAGAUCAUCUUGCACGGCCCACCUCCUUGAACACACAGCCUAGCCAGUUCAUCUUCUGUGGCUCCAUCGACCAGAUGAAGGAAAACAUGUACCGAAGUAUGGUGCCCACUCUGGUCAUACCGGCCCACUACAUGCGGUUGUCGUCGGAAUUCUCAGGGAUGGACCAGGGGGCAGAGUCACAACAGCAGCAGAAGCAAGAUCUAGAGGAUAUGCCAGGGUGCCGCCAGCUCACACCCCAGCAGCAGCAGCAACAGAUCAGUCCACCAGGCGAGGACCCCGAAGGUCGCAACUGGGGCCCAAAUCCAUCUUCGGGUCCUGUGCGCAUCCCUGUGCUUUUUAACGACUCCACUAUGGCACAGAUGAAUGGGGAACUCCAGGCCCUUACUGAGAAGAAGCUGAGGGAGCUGGGUGUGAAGCAACAUCCUCGGGCCUGGUUCAUCUCUCUGGAUGGCCGUUCCAACUCUCACGUGCGGCACUCCUACAUAGACCUGGGCAAUGAAACUAGCGUCCGACUUGGCCAUGAUGCUAACCUGGGCUCUGGAGUAGACCUCCGUGAAAAUAAGCCGAUGCCCCACCGCAAAGGCAAAGGGGAGAAGGCCAGUAGUAGUAAGGGGCAUAGUAGCAAAGUCUAUUCUAAACUGGCCUACGCGGAUGACAGAGAGCCCAGCAGCAGUGAGAACCGUACUGCCAUGGGUUCACCUGAAGACAAUUCCCUCACCCCGCUGUUGGAUGAAGGACAGGAGCCCCGUGGGACUGGCAUUCCCAGACGAGGCCGUAGCCGGGUCAACAGCUCACGCAGCAGCAACAGCGAAACCCGUCGAGACUCUAUGACCAGUGCCGAGGAUGACAACGACCCCGAUGACAAGGAUGAUGAGGGAGAGAAUAAGAAGAGUCCCUGGCAGAGGCGAGAAGAAAGGCCUCUGAUGGUCUUUAAUGUCAAGAAGUAGAGAUAAGCCCAGUCCAACCUCAAACUCUUUGUGAAGUUUUUUUUCCACCUUAUUUUGCUCUACUUACCUUCUAUUAUGUACUCCUAGUUCAGUUUGUAGGGUUGUGGUCUUCAACAAUGAAAUGCAGAAAAACCAAACACGAUGCAACAUAGUAAAAAAGCUGGCCAGAGAAAAGCACAAUGAAGAUAAAAGAUACAAGAAACCUACGUAGAUUAUCACUCUCAUUGGUUUUUUUCCUGGAAGAGUCUAGAUAUUUGGAGAGAAAGUGGAUUAUUAUUUUUGUAGUGAUUACCCAAGCAUGUCACUUUAAAUGCUGAGAUCUUGCUAGAUAUUUUUCCUCACACAGGGAUUCUCCUGAAAGAAUCAAAAUGGCAUAAUGAAAAAUCAAGAAACUAUGGAAAAGCAGACUAUUUCAAGAAUGUGAUUUCUUCAUUUUUUAUUUCCAUGUGCUGUAAACUUCAUUUUUAACAUUUGGAAUUUUUUUGAAAAUCACAUAUCCGAACACAGUUAUGGUGUUCCAUUUUAUACUGACUUUGGACACAACCUGCAAGCCUAAACAAGGUAUUUUACUUUUAACUAUCCUCUCCUCUGGGCAGAAUUGAGGAAAAAUUCUGAUGUAAGUAUCACAGAUUUAUUUGGGAUUUUCUUUGCUGUUGUUCCAUUUAUUUGUCUACUCAUUAUAUUCUUUUACAACAGCUGGAAAGCUGAGAACAAACAUAAAACUGUCGUAUGUGGCUGUAUGAACUAUCCACAAGGCCUUCCUUAAAAUUGUCAUUUUUGUGUGAAUCUAAUGAAGUGGCUUUGUAAAAA